CACUUACCAAGUCCCAGAACUAAGGGGCAUAUACAGCCAACAGGAAAGAAGCCCCCACCCUUCAACACGAUAGACAUUGCCAUUGUCGUCUUGCACAUUCCAAUAAAUCCACAAUCCAUCACUCUAGCCUUUUCACCAAUGUUCAAAUUUCCAACGCAUGAAUUCAAUAUCUUACCAGGGUAUCCUCACACCAUCAAUCCCAAUACCUUGGCAUUGGCAAACCCGCCAGAGAGCUUGCUCCUCAUUACCUUCUUGGGCCGCGUCAUCCAUAGCAGCGUGUUCCCUCCCUCCAACCUUGUCCACUGUCUAAUCCCAAAUAAAGAUCAGGGGGAUCGUCAGGUACGCGUCGCGUUGCGCCCCAAGACCCUGAUGAUCCAUCGCCCCCCCGAACCAAUCCAAGCGAACAAAGCUCAAGCACCCCUCAAUCCACGUCCACCCCAAGCCUCCCUACUAGCCCUUCCAUCUCUCACGCAAUCGAUCCCAGCGCAGCCCACGAGUUCGUAUUUUCUUAUUCGCAAUCUCUGUCCUCUCACUCAUGGAUGCAAUCCCCUCAUCGAGUAUAUUACAUCAAUAGGAUUCAGGAGACGAUUUAUUGAUUGGGAAAUGGACGACAUUCGCCACUCACCCCUGAUUAGUUCACAUAUGACGCCAGGGUUUCGGAAUUAUUAGUGCGCGGUUGGAUGGGGUGCCUAACGAAGUAAUGGGCACGUGGUUUUGACAGGAUUAGGAAGCCCUGAGGGAGAAAUGUCUCGAACACUCGGUUAGAUGGUGAACGAUCACCUAUGAAUCAUGUAUCCAUGGAAUGGACAUCGCAUCGCUGCAGAUCCAGAUUGGAUGCUGCAGAUACAGCGG